GCGGCAGACGGCCAGUGUAGGGAGCGGCGAGUGCGCGGUGAGGUGACCGGCCACUCGGUGUUCUAUUAUGGUUAGGACAGCACGCGGCGGUGGCAGCAGAAGCAGCGGCAGAGUCUCACUAUGAGGCAGGAGCCAGGCUAGUGCAGCCUAGGGGACACGAGCGCUGCCAUGUUGCGCUGCCGCGCCCUGCGGCUCAGGUUAAUACUACACGGACUUAUUUGGACUUGGAUUUAUCGGAUCGCACACGCAGCAGAAGGAGGAGGGGCGGCAGGAGCAGGUGGGCAGCUGCUGCAGGCGGUUCGUCUGGAGGAGGUACCGGCGGGGGUGGUGGUCACCAGGGGCAUGUGUGAUGAACGCCCUGUGGGGGACCCGACCACCCCCACCGCCCUCACCGCCCCGGACGUCGCCUACAGGAUAACCAAGCAAGCUGUGCUCACCUUCCCUACAGCCCAACUCUUCCCUGGUGGGUUCUUGAUAAUGACUUGUAAAUAA